AUGAUGGAAAUUCCUGAUAUGGAUCGUAUAUUACUUGAUGUUUGGCUUCCAAUUGGAACUUAUUAUUCUGGCUACAUAGAUGAUUACUCGAAAAAUUAUUUUGAACUGGACAUGAUUCAAAAGUUCGGUGUGGGUUUUUCCGGCAUUUCUGGUUUCGUUCUGGUGGCUUAUCAUGCAAAUGGGACCAUCAGAUUGCAAUAUAUCUGUUGUACUAUUAAUAUGACAUUUAUCAUGUUGUUCCAGUAUAGUAUAAUCUUGUACUGUGCUAUUCGUAUGUACUUUGAGAUGAAAUCAAAAGUGCAAUUCUUCUCUCCAUCCCUUAGAAACUUACACAGACAGUUCUUCAAGACCCUUGUUUUGCAAGUGGUCACUCCAACGGUAACCUUGUUUGCGCCAGUAACUGUAUUGAUCUAUCUACCACUUUUUGAUCUACAACUUGAUCUACCGACUGGAUUAUCAACAUCCGCUUUGGUCUUUUACCCAGCAUUAGAUGCAAUAAUAAUAAUCUAUGUUGUACGAGACUAUCGGAACGCCGUGAAAAAUAUUUUGAAAAGGUUGAUUGAUUGUUUACAGAAUUGGGCUAAUAGUUCAGAUGCGGAGGAAAUACCUACCACAACAAUUCGUUCUCCAUCAGUUUUAAAUUAA